UUAACACAUUUAUAGAAAUCAAAGACUGAACUCUCAGCAUUUGGCUUUUUCUGAAGGAAAUGUUGUAUCCAUUCCCUUUUUGUUUACUGUUAUAGGGGGUCAGUGAGACAAGCGGACAGCUGCUUCCAUGGAGAUACAGUCCUUUAUACUGUGGGCCAGUGGUUCUGUUCUCUGAGGCCAGUGAGGAUGAGCAGCAGCUGUUGCCAUGGAGACCCUUGUACUGUGGGCCUGUGGUCCUGUUCCAGGGCCUUCCAGAGUCUGGUCCACUGGUGCUGGGAGACGACUGUAACCAGUUUACAUUUCAGUUCUCUUUCAGGACCCACUUUGAGCAAUUCUUGGUGAAGACUCAUCAUAUAUGGAUGACCCGAGGCCCAACCACUCAACUGUGGUGGAGUGAUCUGGUUGAGAGGACCAGAGUGGAUCCCCAGGGUGCUCCAGUUUACAAAUCUGUCACCAAGUACAUCACAGGAGUUAAGCUGGUAGGAGCUGCUGUAGAGAAAUACAUGUCUUCCAGCUGCAAGCAAAACACCCACUUCACCCAGUUUGAUGGCUUUCUGGAGCAGAGAGUGACAUGGGAACAUUCAGGGGUUUAUGUGGAUCCCUGUGGCCAAGUGUUUCCUUCCAGCCGGACCAACACUCAGAGCUUCUACUCCCAUCUUCCCGGACACACCCACGGCCAUGGUAACAGCCACGACUCCCAGCAUGCCUCUGGACCAGGCCAUGCCAGCGGGUCUGGACACAGACACAACCAUGCCCACGGCCACCAGCACUCCCAGGGAGCCAGCAGUGGCCCCAGGAACACACCUAGACCAGGCCAUGCCCCUGGCCCCAGACAUCACCACAGCCACAGUCAUGCUGGGCGGGCUAGCAGCCACAACCACUGCUCUCCUUCCCCCCCAGAGCAUCCCUUCCAGCCCCAGUCACUCCUGACACAGGACACCACAAAAAACUUCCUGCUAGUUGCAGGAAGGAUGAUUCUUUCAGGGCUGGUCCAGCUCAACCAGGCGGAUGUUAGUUCCAUCAGGACAUUGUUCAACCGCCUGGUGAGCUACAUUGAAGAUCCCGCCCACAGGGCUGGGAUAGAGAGGGAGCUGGCCUCUGUUAACAUCCAUCACACACACUUCCUGGAUAUUGUGUAUGAUUUCAUCAUCCUGGGAGUGAUGAAAAACAAUGCUGCCUUGCCUCCACAAAACCAGGAACAGGGAUUCCUUGGUCACCUUAUACAGGUGCUGGAGCCAAUCCUAACUCCUCUAACUGGAUGGCAGCCCUGUGCCAAAAUGUUCCAGGAAGUCUUGCAGGUCCAGCUAAUGAAGUUUCUAGACAGCAUCUUAGAUCUGGACGAGUCCACCUUCAGCCAAGCUGACGUCCUAUCGGCUGUGCUCUUCAGCCGGCUGGAGGGAAUCAUCCAGGAGCUGCUGGGAGAUCUGGAUGGCUGCUGA